AUGCUCCCGGAGGCGGAGGCGGGCUCGCCCUGGCUGCUGCGGCUGCUGCGGGGCCUGCAGCUGGCCCAGUUCCACAGGCCCAUCCUGGAGGAGCUGAACGUCACGCGGCCCGAGCACUUCGACUUCGUGAGGCCUCAGGACCUGGACGCCAUUGGCAUGGGCCGGCCCGCCCAGCGCAGACUGGCUGAAGCUUUGAAGAGGCACCGUGUGGGGCACAAGCCUAAGAACUGGGUCUACAAGAUCCUUGGGGGGCUUGCCCCUGAGCAGAAGGAGACGACCCCCCCACCUUCAGACAGCCCCCCGUCCCUCCCGGAGCCGGAGGGGGGCCUCAAGUGUCUGAUCCCCGACGGCGCUGUGUGCAGAGGGGAGCUGCUGGGCUCCGGCUGCUUCGGGGUGGUGCACCGCGGGCUGUGGACGCUGCCCAACGGUCAGAGCGUCCCGGUGGCGGUCAAGUCCCUCCGGGUGGCGGCCGAGGGCUCUGCGGGCUCGGGGCUGAGGGACUUCCUCCGGGAGGUGUCGGUCAUGAUGAGCCUGGAGCACCCGCAUUUGCUGCGGCUGCACGGGCUCGUGCUGGGCCAGCCCCUGCAGAUGGUGAUGGAGCUGGCGCCGCUGGGCUCCCUGCACGCCCGCCUCACGGCGCCGGCGCCCGCGGCCCCGCUGCCCGUGGCGCUGCUCUGCCUGUUCCUGCGGCAGCUGGCGGCGGCCAUGGCGUACCUGGGCGCCCGCGGGCUGGUGCACCGCGACCUCGCCACGCGCAACCUGCUGCUGACCGCCCCGCGCACCAUCAAGGUGGCCGACUUUGGGCUGGUGCGGCCGCUGGGCGGCGCCCGGGGCCGCUACGUGAUGGGCGGGCCGCGCCCCAUCCCCUACGCCUGGUGCGCCCCGGAGAGCCUGCGCCAGGGGGCCUUCUCUCCCGCCUCGGACGUGUGGAUGUUCGGGGUGACGCUGUGGGAGAUGUUCUCCGGGGGCAAGGAGCCCUGGGCCUGGGUCCCGCCCUACCUCAUCCUGCAGCGGCUGGAGAAGGAGCAAGCGCGGCUGCCCAGGCCUCCUCUCUGCUCCCGGGCCCUCUACACCCUCGCUCUGCGCUGCUGGGCCCUCCACCCUGCUGACCGGCCCAGCUUCUCCGCCCUGGAGGGGCUGAUCCAAGAGGCCUGGCCCCCCGAGGGGCGGUGUGUGAGGGAGGUCACAGAGCCGGGCGCCCUGAGGAUGGAGUCUGGAGAUCUCAUCACUAUCAUCGAGGGCAGCCCCGGCUCCGCCACCUGGAAGGGCCAGAAUGGCCGCACGUUGAAAGUGGGCACGUUCCCAGCCUCGGCCGUGACGCUGACAGACCCGAAGGGCUCGCCGGCCCCCUGCCCAGCCCACCGGGGCUCGCCUGCGUGGGGAGAGCAGAGACGGGGAAGCGCAGAAGGGGCCAGAGCCAAGGCGAAGCCUCGGGAGCCGCCUCCAGCUCAGGGGCCGAGAAGGAACAUGGCCCUGCAGAGGAUGAAGGGCAUUUCCAAGAGUCUGGAAUCUGUUCUGUCUCUGGGCCCCUGCCCCAGAGGGGGUGGUUUCAGCCCCCCUGAACUUCGAAAAGCCAGAGAUGUCCCCCAGGGGCCCCCCGGCCUGCCACCCCGCCCUCCCAGCCAGCCCCCCCAGGAGCGGCCUUCCUGGCCCAAAAGAGAAAGAGAACCCCUGCACAGUCACCCCCUGGGGACCCCUGGAGACAGCAGAGCCGCUGUGCUCCCCGGAGGCCUCUUGCCCGACCCCGAUUUGCAGAAGAGGGCGAUGGAGGUGCAGCUGAGCGUCCACGGAGUCACCCACCAGGAGUGCCAGGCGGCCCUGAGGGCCACGGGAGGAGAUGUGGUCUCUGCCAUCCAGAACCUUAAGGUAGACCAGCUCUUCCACCUGAGCAGCCGGUCCAGAGCCGACUGCCGGCACAUCCUGGAGCACUACCAGUGGGACCUCUCGGCGGCCAGUCGCUACGUCCUGGCUCGGCCCUGA